AUGUCGCAUUCCGAGCAUUCCCCAGAUGUUCAUGCGUCUUUCCCCAGUUCCCAGCGUCUUUCCGCUUCCUCUGUUCCUCCCUUCUUUUCGACCCGUGGAACAGGCACAUACGGAGAAACCGAUAUACGCAGCGAAGAUGCCCUCAAACAGGCGAAACUCGAAAAGGAGCUACAGCAACACUUCCGCGCUGCCAGUCCACAUAAUUCUGGACUUGGUCUUGGAGGCCCGCGUGCUCGAUUGGCGCUCGGUUUGGAGGUGCUGCGACCUAUCUCUCGCUCGGUCAAAGCUGUAUGCGACCGUCUUUUCCCAUACGCCUUGGUCGACACCCACCUCAGCCGGACGCUUCCUUACGCAUAUGAAGAUCGCAGCCAACUCGAUAGGACUGCGCCUCCUCUGUUCCUUGUGGAAACCGACUUCCAUAACGUCGCAUGCUUCUUUGCUCCUGUAGCAUUCGACCCGCCAACAGAUAUGAUCACCUUCACGCCAAUCACAGUCAUCUUGGGUGAAAAAACGAUAACGGGACUCGCAUGCGACCGAGAGGAGGUGGAUGUGUUGAUAGAGGAUGGCGGACCCCAAGCCGUGGACUUUGUGGGGUGGAAGGCUUUUGGCGGGAGGUCAGGGACGAAUGCAAGCGGGAGGCCUACGAGGGGGAAACGGUUUGAUUCCUCGCUGAGCGGGUUCUCGACGGCUAUCCAGAAGCAUCAGAAUGACCGAAAGCAGAAAGAUUCGGCUGACGCUGCGCAUGCCAUUAUCGGCUACAAGGAAUUGCUGAUGCUGACGAUCACCUUACCCUAUGAUGAACCAAUGUACAUGCAGGCUUUCGAAUGCACGAUCCUCGACUUUGAUGAUCCAAACGCAGCGUUCCGUAUGCGAGCUUUAAGCUACAAGAUUGACAGAAUCCACGUCACUCUUUCCUGGCUGCUUACCGGCAUCAAUCCGCUGUACGGCGCCCUUCUUCACCACCAACUUAGGUUUCAAACCCGUCCUUUCGAAAACCUCAAAAGCAUGAUGGAGUUCUUGAAACCGCACAUGAUGUACCGUUUCUUGAUAACCGGAAGCAACCCGUGGGAUCCCGAGCCGCAAGCGAAGGGAACGAAGCGGAAGAGGAACGCGAAGGAUGGGAAAGCCUUUACUGCUAGCGGUGCUGGGAAAAGCUCGUCGACGGCGAAAACCCAAAAGCCUCCUCCGCAGCCGCCACCUUCUUCGAAACGAGCGCCGCGGUCAGCCAAGAAGGUUACGCGCUGACGUCUUCCACGACCGCUGCAGUACUGUUUUGGAACGAAGUUCGGUCCCGGCGACAUCAUCAAAAAUGAGUGACACCCUUUUCCCCGUCAUCAUUCGCAUUCAUAUGGAGGCCCUAAUAGUGUGUACCCUGCUGAACUGGGGCAUUUACAAAAAACAAUGCCAGGUUUCGCCGGGAUGGAAUGACCGGAGGUGUGGUUGCCGUUUUACACUCCGAUGCAUUCCAUAGCAGACGUACCACAGAGGUUGGGAGGUCCCAGCUCAUAGUUCUCUCACCCGAUGUCGCCGGCGACCAUCUAUGAAAUCCUAUUGUUUUUGGCGAGUCCCUCUUCAAAAGUGAUACACAGAACC